GCGGCCAUUUCUAUUUUCUAUUUUAYUAUUGCAAUCAUUUCUAAUGACGAUAGAAACGUUUAACUAUAAUUUUGCAUCGGUAGUUCAAAAAAGCCAGUCGAGAGGCCUCCAAAUUUAUAAGGCUGCAGCGGCUUUUCUCAGAAGGCCAAGGGUUGCUCUGUCGCCAGUUCCAUCACAUGACUUUAUUUGUGCACAGCUAUUCUCUUUUCUCUUCGACUUGCCUGUGGUAUAGGAUCGAUUAUUGAAUGAUGAAASGAGACGAAGUACUUCCCUUGAUAGGAUUAAAAGGAAAGCAAAACAAGAAAAAUGGCAGUCAGUGCCUGAAUUUAGUGAAGCGCUACUUACCAAUACUACAAUGGCUACCAAAUUAUUCCUGUCAAAAACUCCAAUGUGAUAUGAUAGCUGGCAUUACUGUYGGCUUGAUGGUAAUUCCACAAGGUAUAGCAUAUGCAGCAAUUGCAGGCCUUGGACCAGUAUAUGGCUUGUAUUGUGCAUUUAUGGGAUGUUUUCUAUAUUGUGUAUUUGGAWCAAGCAAGGAUAUCUCCAUUGGACCAACUGCCAUAAUGUCAUUGAUUGUCGACCAAUAUUGCCACAAAUCAAACAAUGAUGCCACAGUGAACGCACAUUAUGCCAUUGUACUUUCUUUUAUGGCUGGUAUUAUGAUGCUUAUAAUGGGAGUUUUACGGUUGGGCUUUGUAGUACGAUUUAUAAGCAUCCCAGUAAUAAGUGGAUUUACAUCGUCUGCAGCAAUUAUUAUUGCUGCAAGUCAACUGAAGUCCCUGUUAGGUUUAAAGAAUGUUCGAAGGGAAUUUGUCUUCUGUUUGCAUGAUACAUUCCAGCACAUCAAGGARACUAAACCCUGGGAUUUGGUGUUAGGCUGUUCUUGCAUUGUCAUACUGUUCAUUUUACGGCAUUUGGGGAGAACACAAUGGCCAGGCAAUUCAACAUCCAGAAUSCAGAAAAUUUCAAGAAAAAUCAUUUGGUUGGCAGGAACUGGACGGAAUGCUUUGGUUGUGUUAAUGGCAAGCCUUGUAGCUUAUGCAGCUUYCUGCACAGGACAUGAAGAUACCUUUUCUCUGACAAAGUCAAUUAAUGAAGGUCUUCCACAUUUUAAGGUAAGCUAUUUAGUUUACUCUCAGCAAAAUGUUGCUGGUAUGGCAUAAUACUGUAUGGACUUGUACCCAGUCUCUAUAAGAUAUGAUUAUGUGUGCCUGAAUUAACUGUUUCAAAUUUCUCCUGAGUUGGUUCGAUAAAUAAAGGACUGAAGUUUUUAGGUUUUUUAUUGUCAAGACUUAAAUGAGUAUUUAUUUUUAACUUACAUACUAAGAUUACAUACUAAUUAGCAAUCAAAGAGAAAUUGGGGUUGGACAAAUCUGUCACUCAUUUUCCUGUAAACGUGAGCCUGCAUUGCUGUUAAAAGCAGUUUCAUCACUUUGAGUUAUUGACUAAAUUCACUUAUAAUUCAUAUAACUGUGCUAUAAUAUAUUUGAUAUUUUGAGGGAAAGAAGGAGAUCAAAUAAUAAACUCCCAAUCUAGACGCCAUGUGCAUGUUCAAGUAAUGAAAGUUUCAAAAAACAAGAUUUUAAUGAAUUAUCCAUGCGCAAGCCUCAGUAAAAUUCUACUGGCAGAAUAAUGAUAUCAUUUAUUUGUCUUGUUGUUAUCAAAUUCCAUAAAAUUAUAGGCAGACUCYGUCUUCUCCAGGACUGACAAUGAUAUUUUAUGUGAGCAUUUGUAUUUSUUGUGCCGUAAUUCACAUUUUAAUGUGAGACGAUUUGUUGGCCACCUUAGUUCAUCCACAAUACAGUAAAAAUCUCCAUAUAAGAACCUACAUUUUUCCAAGUCAGGCCAGAGUUAGUAGAGGGGACUCUGGUCAGGCUGAACAGGGUCAUGGAAAUGGUGCUUAACUUGAAAUCAUGCUCAUUGGUUGUUAAGUUUUGUGAAGAAAAAAUGCAAUUGCAUUGGAUGGUGUGGCUUUUCAAAUCAAGUAAUUCACACAUUUUCCGUACAGUGGAAUAAUGGRCUCAAGGUCAAUCUCACACAACAUAAUCAUAUGAGAAUCAUACUGUGUAAGUUUAUAUUUGAGGACUCGCCGCGCUCGCAAUAAAACCUCUGGAUAACGAUGGCGUGGUGAAGGCCAUAGAACGUGUGUCGUCAUAGGGCGGGAAUUUUUGUCGAUUUUUUUAAAUAAUAUACCAUCAAAAAGGUUGUUUCAAAGAAUGGCGAUUUCUKAAGCAAUGAACGAUAGCUUGAAGUGGUUUGAACCACGCUUGAUGGUUAUGAGAACGCGAGAAAAAUCAGUUAAUCGCGAGCCGAUUCACCUCGUUUAAACUAAAACAGUAAUUGGAUGGGGUCCAAACCGAGCUAYUCUAAGUCAGUUAUAUACACUCCCUCCCCUCCACCGGGUGAUUGCCUGCUUUGAGUUCACGUUUUGCGUUCUUUAAUGUGAAAAUAAUUUAAAAAAUGUUCUAUAUCUAAAGGCAAUUCUUAGUGGACUUUUAUUUCCGAAAAGAUUAGAUCGUAGUACAUUAGUACAUAGUACAUAGUACAUUAGUACAUAGUACAUAGUACAUCACGGGGCGCUAGGGUAAAUCCCAGGGUAAAUCCCAAACUGACAACUUGCACAGCAGGCAAGUUUUCUAUUUAUACUGAAUGCAUCUAUUUUUGUAAAAUGCACGCGAACACUGAAAUAUGUUGAGUUGUCCCAAAAUUACUUCAGAUGUUUCUUUCUCUAAACGGCUGGAGGUACUCGCUAGAUGUUACUAUAGCUGAUAUAGUAUUAAACAAGUUAUUCUUAGCUAUAGUUUGUGCAUGCUAAAGCAGUUAUUCGCSUGAGGCUCAGUUACAAUUCGGUAAAUAUUCGGUGUAUUGUUUUGCCCUUGGCAAUAUGAGUUGAAUAUAAAAGUGUUUACWAAAAGACGUGACUUGCGGCAAACUUAAGGUUCAGUGCUAUUUAAUUCACUUGAAAAAGUCUGACGCACGUUCAUCACAUUGCUUACUUAAACUCAAAUUUCCCAGCAGUCAACGGAAAUGCCAUCUUAUCGAGCUGACCAUGUUAGGUGAAAACGUUUUUGCGUCCGUUUUUUGAUAUACCAAGCCAAAAAUUCCAAUUAGCCUCUAGCAUCCACCAGUAAUACAGCGUAAUUGUCAGAGUGCAACAAACCGAAAAGUCAAAGAAAAAAUUUAAUAAUAAGGAGCAAAAAUAAAGUCUGACGUUACUAAGAGUAUUCACAGAAUAAAUCUAUAGAUCCUCUCUCUUUUUGUCUGUCCGUCUAUUUCUUGUUUUUAUAGUACUGAAGAAAAAACAUAACGUUCUUUUUAAAAAUUUGAAAGUUCGAURGUUCGAUAUUUAGCAUUUAUAACCACGAUCAUGUCGAUUGAGUUGAUAGUCCAUGGAGCUGUGCUCGGCCGAAUCAUUCAUUCAGACUGGCCACGGGAUGACGGUAGUAAUAUUUUAUUCAGGUGUCUACGUGUAUAAACAUUAUUGGGCUGCUAAAAAAACAUGAUUAUUGAAAUAGUCUCAACUGAUCUAAUYGUUCCUAUAGCAACGGCUUUUUUAGUUUUUUUUUCACUGGAGAAGUCAAUCCUGUUUUAUGCUAAAUUUGAAGACUUAAAUGUUUUGUUUUUAGACCUUAACUUUUAUCACUGGCAUAUUUGGUACAAAUUCAUAAUCCGAUAAAYAUACCGGCUAUGGCUGAAUUUUUUUUGUCAUUCAAAAUCUGGUUAAACUGUCUAUGAAAAUCAUUAUAACAAAGAUUCGAUAGGGAAUCGAUUGGUCGGCGAACGGAAAUCAUUUUUGGCAAUAUUUGAAAUAUACACUGCUGAGCAUGUGAACUCUACUCAUGAAGUCACAUACAAAUGAAAUUGAACGCCAAAGAACGUUGCUGAUAUAAGCUUGCUAGUAYAUGUGUUAUUUGAUCACAAAAAUACUGAACUUGGAAUUCACAGUUUAUCUCGGCGUUAUCAGUGAAAGUGACGUCKUUCCCUGUCUUCAGUCCGUGCUCCAAAACACUUGUUUUAAUAAAGCCCUGGCCUCUGUCCAGGGAUCCAUAGUUUAGAACAUACCGGAAUAACAUCAUCUGGAAAUGUUUUCUGUUUUCUGUGUGCUKGAUAUUAAUAGKAUAAUUCAUUUGUCACGUUGUAUGCAGUCAACUGAAAAAGUUGGUUUUGUCSAAAUCUUGCAGUAUGUGUAUUGACAAUAUUAACGCAUGAUUUUCAUUUCYAUUUUUCAAAACUGAUUCUUUAUUAAAUACUGUGUUUUAUGGGCGCUGAUCUAUUCCUUUAAAAUUUUUAUAACAUUAAUUUAGUAUGUAAACACGUAGGUGUAAACACUUARCUGCUGCCUACAAUCCUCCUCAUCGUCACCUUAUACUCGAUGUGCAAAAAAAGUGUUUUAAUCAGUUUGUCUUGGUGGUCUUCAGCCAGUCUCCCUACAUUCAUCUUUCCUCGGURUGCCAAGAACUGUUGUAGGCGUUCUCUUGCACUAUGUCCAGAAUUGUAAUUAUUUUACCGGGAGUUACCUGGGGAAUAUUCUAGUUCACAUUUUCGACUGUAAUUAAAGAUUUUGAUUAACAUUUUUAGCAGUAAUUUGUCCCGUUUCUGAUUCUAUACUAGAGCCAGACUUAGGAUAGGAAAAAUACAUUUUAUAUUGAUUUUUACUUUUCUUUAGCCAUUAUCGUUUGAGUAUCUUGCAAAGUAGAUGUCAAGUGCUGGCAACUUGUGUGAUGAUGAAUUGAUUUGUACCUACAUGUUAUUUUCUUCUGUGUGGGUUUAGCAUUUUUUUGGCGUCGUUUUAAAGGGGAAUUCUCUCAAUUUAUUCUCGCAAACAGCGUAUAUUUACAUGAAUUAUUGUAUGACAUAACAUGUUUUGUAAAUAAUCGUGCUCAGUCAACGGCAAAAUCAUUUCACUUCAAUAAAUAAUUCAAGUUGCAAACUGCUUUCGUUUUGCCGGGUGUUCCCAGCUUUCAAUUUUUCGAUAA